AUGUUGCAUAUCACCCUUCCACAUAAUCUAGUUCCAAGGAUAUUCCUGUUUCCAAUGGCUAUAGAGGCUGAAAUUGAAGUUUUGGAAAAUAACCACACUUGGACACUCACUGAUUUACCUAAAGGAAAAUUUGCCAUUGACUGUAAGUAUGUGUACAAGGUAAAAUUCAAUUUAGAUGGUACUUUGGAAAGAUUGAAAGUUAGGCUAGUAGCCAAAGGCUACACACAAAGAGAAGAGAUAGACCAUGUUGACACAUUUUCACCUGUAGCUAAACUUGUGUUUGUCAGAUUUUUGCUUAGCAUUGCUGCUAUUAAGGGCUGGUUCUUGCAUCAUUUUGAUAUCACUAAUGCUUUCUUAAAUGGUGAACUCAAGGAGGAGAUUUACAUGAAAAAACCACCUAGCUACAACAAGAGUACCCCUCACCAAGUUUGUAAAUUGCUUAAGAGCAGUUAUGGCCUUAAGCAAGCAUCAAGGCAAUGGAAUUACAAUUUGACCUCUUCUCUUCUUGACUUUGGAUUUAAACAAUCCAAAUCUGAUUACACUUUAUUCACCAAGCAUGAGGCAGAUUCCUAUAUUGCUAUUCUAAUUUAUGUUGAUGAUAUCUUGGUUGCUAGCAAUUCAAAUAAAGCCAUUAGCACUCUUAGAACUUUUCUCAAUCUUAAGUUCAAAGUAAGAGACCUUGGCUGCCUAAGAUACUUUUUAGGCUUAGAAGUGGCUAGAUCUUCAAAAUGGAUUCAUUUGUGUCAAAAAAAAUAUGUUUUGGACAUUCUAUCAUAUUCAGGUAUGUUGGGUUGUAAGCCCCUUAAAAUUCCUUUGGAUCAAAAUUUCAAUAUUAGCAAAGAAGAUAGCAAUCCCAUAACUGAUCCUAGCAUAUUUAGAAGGCUUAUUGGUCGAUUGUUGUACUUAACAAUAACUCGGCCUGACAUAUGUUUUUCUGUCCAAGUUUUAAGUCAGUUUAUGGAUUGUCCUAAUGAUACUCAUUUGGCUGCUGCUUAUAGAAUUUUGAGAUAUUUAAAAGCUGCCCCUGGUCAAGGAAUACUACUCUCAUCCUCAUCUCAGCUUCAACUCCGCACCUAUUGUGACUCUGAUUGGGCCUCUUGUCCAGAUUCUAGAAGAUCCACUAUCGGGUAUUGUAUUUUUCUCGGAGAUUCUCUAGUUUCUUGGAAAUCCAAGAAACAAACUGUGGUAUCUCGGUCUUCAGUUGAAGCCGAGUAUAGAGUGAUGGUUGCCACAUGCUUGGAGUUGACUUGGUUACAUUAUCUUCUCACAGAUCUUGGAUUUCAUCAUCCUUAG